AAGAUCCAGGGAAAGUGCUGUAAGGGCGGUACGUUUUCUUUCUCAGAAACUCAAUACAGUGCUGUAACCCGACUCAGCUCUCUCUACUACUCAGGAAAGAAAUUGGAGAGGCCGUGUCGUUUCUAUGCUCGAACUUGGUGGAGUUGAGAUUGCUAGAGAUGGUUUGAAUAUGCAAUAUUUAAAACACUUGAUUGAUUAAGAAGACCAUGAAUUCAUCAGCAACAGAGCCGGAGGCACCUGAUUUGGUGUGCCAGAUGGACAAUGUGCAAGGCAUGGUUGAUGCAUUUUCCGCUGUUCGAUGGAAACGCCAUCAGGACGCGGUAGUGGAAUUAUCUGAGCAUGGCAUUGUUUUGAUAGUUGAGGAGAUAGGUUGUCUUCAAGCAAAAGUUUAUCUCCAAAAAGAGCUUUUUGUUCGAUAUGAAUAUAAUGCUCAAGGACGGCCUAGGUUUGGAUUGAGCUUGGGGCUUUUUGUUGAUUGCUUGAACACAUUUUCAGUUCCUGGACAUGCAACUGCAAUUGAAAUUCAAUAUCCUGGACCAGACAUGCAGCUUCUACUCAAGUCUGUUGAUUCCCCAGAUACUUGUAUUUAUGCGGAAAUCAGGACAAGAAUUCCAGAUACAAUUUCAUGGGACUACAACUUUGAACCUGCAGGAAGUACACCACUAAGUUUUACUGUUAAGUCUGCAGCACUGAAGGAAGCUAUCGAUGAUCUUGAAUGGCCAGGAGCCAGCAUCCAGAUUAUUCUAAAACCAGUACCCCCAUCUGUAACCUUCAAAGCUGAAGGCCAUGGAGAUUUGCAGAUAGACUUCAUGUACUAUGUGAAUACUGAUUUGUUAAUUGCAUUUCACUGUGAUCACCAAGUUGCUUAUAGGUAUAAAUACAAGUUCCUUAGGGCAACUACUUCUAACAUACCCGGUACCGUUAUUAAAGAGAACAGAGGAAGCAAGUUGACCAUUGGGAGAGGUGGAAUGUUGAAAGUUCAGCACCUGGUUUCAGUUGGGAGACUAUCAAAUUCACAUCAACACAUUGAUUCUGCUGGCUAUCAACAGCCUAGUCGAAUAGCUUUUAUUGAGUUCUUUGUGAGGCCUGAGGAAGAUGAAGGCACCCCAAAUGACUGACAGGGCGCUUCCUCAAGAUGUUUACACUAUUUUUGUUUUGGUUUUUCGAUGAAAAUUGUGGUUUAAUGCUAAAAUUUUUUAGAUUUUAAGCAUUUUUAUAUU